CCUGGAGUUAAGAGGCAGAUGAAACUGAUUGGCUGAGAUGCAUGGUGUCUGUUCUCCUCAAUGGACAAAGGAAUUUUCUCCGUGUGAGCCUGCGAAUGACGGAAGUCGGUUUCGGAAGAGAGCAGACGAGAGUAGUCGAAGUACACGCUCUGUCGGGCCUCCAGGAACCUUCGGGAGACCCGCGGCCCCCAGAAGGACAGCAGCCGCCAGAACCACCUUCAGCGACAGAGUGGAGAGACCCUAGCAUCAUGGGUACACCAGCUUCUAUUGCUUGUGAUUUGCCACAGCAUGAAGCCCCUGAAACCUGCACUCGCAAGAGAGCAUCUGCCAAUAUCUUUCAGGGAGUGGGGCUACUGCAGUUGUGCCGUCUCUUCCACAGCAGUGGGGAUGAACAAGCAGAGGAGCGGGCCCAGCUGGUCUGGGAGUGUGCAGGAAAGCAGAGCAUUGCUCAGGCCUUGCAACAGCUCCAUAAACGGCAGAGAAAACUGAGGCUGCGAUCACGCCUGAGGCCUCAUUCUGAAAUGAAUGGUGGCACAAGACUCCCAGAGCUCCAGCACUUUAGUCGUUUACGGAUUGAAGACUGCACUACACCUUGUGCUGGUGGUGACGGUUGCAUCAAUAAUGAUAAGCAGAUAGAUGCAGCUGAGCAAACCACCCACUACACUGCUUCCCACUACAGGAAGAAGAAAAGUGGUAUGGGAACUGCAGGCUACCUGCACCAGCUCCACCGGUAGCAACUGAACUUAACAAUGCCAACAGGUAUAGUCUGAAACUGAGGGAGUCAAUAUGGGAGACGCACUUCAGCCCUGCUAUUUAAUAAUCAUAGGGAAAUUGUUUUGACACAAGAUUAGUUCUCUGCUUCAGGAUGGCAGCCAUGGCAGAGAUCCUUCAAACGUACCUUCUUCCUUCAAGCACUUUUCCUUGUUAUGGUUACUCAGACUUGACCACAGCUUGCUGUGACAAAGCAUAACACUACAGACUGAAUAUGCUUGGUUAUAUUUAAUAAAGCUUAUUAUACACUC